AUGCCUCCUCUGAGCCUUGAGAAGACACUCUACCUCUUCUACCAUAUCGUACUGCCUCCGAAGUUGCCCCAAGAGAGCGAUUGGAAAGCAGAGUAUGAAGACGCCCUGCUUAACACGACAGUAGAAGCCCUCCAGACGUUCGGCGAGACUGUGCAAAACGAACAACCAGAAGUAGCCAGGUAUGUACAUGGAUCUCACUGUAUUCCAGCAAUCUUUGUCGAAAGUAUUCAAAUGGAUUUCAACCAAACUUCAUGUCCAGCAUUUACUCAGUAUAUGCCUUGGAAAGUACCUUCACAAGAUCUGAGUCCUCAAUCAUCUUCAAUCAACAACUUGCGUCCCAUUCGCAAUAAAUCCGGAUUCGUCAGCGACUCCCAACUCGCAAAGUUGCUCCAUGGCCUGGCCUCCAGUAAGACGUCUGUGACUGUCCCCAUCGAGAUAAAGGCGCAAAACGCGGCGGUAAUCAUCAGCAAACAGAAAGCCGGUACCCAUGUCCUCUUCGAGGUUUUCGAACUAUCACCACCGAACGAGACUGUGAUGCAAACCAAAGGUCGACUCAAGCGCUCUUUUCCGACGUUUGCUUGCCAUAUUCCACUCCAACAGUUCCAGGAAAAAGGUCUGAUCAAAGCACUAGCGGAAACAAUUGGUAGAAUGAGCUGGGAAGAAGCGCCAGGCUUCCAGCCUCAGAUCCGCAAGAACAAGAGCGACCACAAUGAAAUUCGCGACACCACGCACCCAGGCAUGAUCACUGAUUUCCUCAUGCACUUUCUCUCAGUCGUUGGCCAGCCGAUUGAGGUACAGGGUGUUUGGAAGAACACUCGCGAAGAUGUUCUACUGAACCGGGACUUGCUGCCGUGGAGAAGAUCUUCCUUGUGGCUUCUUGUUCGCAUAACCAUGCAGCUUCAGCUCGCUCGCACGUCAUCUGGAAAUUUGUACAAGGCUAUUAUGGUUACUCUGUUGGUGAGGCUUCUCGAAAGUAUGAUGGCGCAUUAUGAGUCAACAGAUUCUGACCUGUUGUACAUCAUUUCUGCCAAGCUGACCGGCCGGCUUCAGAAGCUGAGGAAGCUGAUUCCCGGAAGCUCCUUCGAUCUCUACACCAAGUCUGCCCAGACGCUUCUAGAAGAGGCACGAUUACGGAUGACGGCCAGGAUCGACCGCCUUAUGAACAGCGUGGACAACGACAUCGACAUGGCAGUACUUACCAAUCUCCAGCCCCGGAACGAGCUUGAUAUUCAUCUCCCACAAAUAGAUGAGUUCAUUGCGAAGAUAUUUCGUAGGGCACGCCAAUCCGACGUAUCAGAUUUUCAACCUAGUUCAAAAUGUCUGGUAUAUCUGCAGCAUGAACUGCCCACCAACUUCAGGGGCGCAGGAGAAUACACGUACUUUUACUUGGCGACAGUUGAGAAAUGGGUCGAGGAUCACCUUUCUUCUUGGGUUGAGCGACGCAUCUCCGAUGAUACAACAUGUGAACAGCUACAGCGGCUUCUCAAAGAGUACUUCCAACAGGCGAGUUCGGCAUACAGCGCCGCAAGCGAUAUGCCAAGGAGUCUAUCUAUCAUGUACCUUACCGUCAUGGAAUUGUGGAUUGCAUGUGACAAGUGCGCCUGUAACAUGUAUCCGUUGUUACGCGACUUCAACCCAGAAGUGGAGUUAUCCUCUUUCCACUCACUUUCCUUGCCUUUCAAGAGUCAGUUAGAGCGGCUGCUCGACGCUGAGGCUUACGUGGAACGUCGCCGGAAUGAUGCGAGGGCCGGUUCUCCGUCGCUCUACCGCAAGUUUGGCCAUCCAUCCUCCUUCGCAGUCAGGUUUUUUGAUGGAUCUUCAGAACAUCAUACGUUGCUUUCAAACCUCGAGCAGCGCGCAACGAAGGCACGUCAAGAAAAAUGUCUCGAGCUGGCUCAAAAGAAGCAACAGUAUCACGAACUUAUAGCUGCGUCUGAAAACCGUGACUGCGACUACUGGGAAGUUUGGGACGAGUACCACGGAUCAAGCAGCACUGAACAUGCACCUGGGUGCAAGAAAUGCAGUCUGCUGUCUCAAGCCGAACAACUCCAAAUUCAUGUUCAUGAAUGGCCAUUCAAUUCAAAUGAAGCGAUCGCAAAAGCAACGGUUUUCGAAUUACAAAUCCCAAAGGCCUACAGUCACUGGCGCGAUGCGACGAUGUUCUUACAGGUGGAAGUGUUAGGCUUCGUUCACAACGAGCCCACAGAACCAAGAGCGAAAUACGAACUUAACAGACAAGAUGGGUUGAGCAGCCUUUGGGACUCGCCGUCCGAUCGGCGUAUCAACCUUGUUUCUGAGGUCAAACCGCUCACGGGGAGCCACUACCGCAUCAAGAAAGACAUUGCCUUCUUACAGGAGAGCGACGUUUGUGUUGAAAAUGCACUCCGAUACCGAUACUUCGACAGCUCGCACAACACCUUUAUUAACAUCCUGAACUCCACUCAACAGGUAUCGGAAAGGUGCACAUACAAACUUCCGGUUCGUUCAUCGCAACUCCAAGCUUACUUACGAACACCCGUCACUCCGAACGACAUAACUCCAAAUCAGGUGAUUGCACGUUUGUCAGAUUGCCCCCCGCACUUCUCUUUGGACGAAUACAAAGCCUUCGCAUCAAUUCCGAUUGGGUAUGGAAUCCAAUACCAGAACAUUCUCGUGCAACUUGCGAUGCCAACUGUAGACUUGAACAAGAUCGAGACUCAGUGCUUGCUUUUGCAGACGAUACACCGCGCAGGCCCACCCAGGGCCAUAGGCAACACUAUUCCAGAGCGUGCUGCCCACGAGAUCCUUACCGGCGAGGCGUUCUGCCGGGCCCUUACGAACAAGAUCGAGGCCGCCCUGAGGCGCAUAAGCGAAAACUGGGAGACUUGGAGAGCUGUCGCAACUCUUGUGCAGAUAACGUUGCGGAUACUCAGCAUCAAUGCCUCCAAUAGAAUCGCUUCAAGAUGCAUAGAGCUGCUUGAAGAGGCUCGUCUGAUAUCGCUGAAUUGGUUGACUCGCCUCAAAAAAAGGCUCCCUACAGUGAUAGACGACUCGCAACGAAAAGAGCUCUCUGCUAGGCUUACCGAGAUUGGCCUCCUGUGUACGAGUACAUUCGACACUGAUGGGAAAUUUCUAGAAGAUAUGCUUUGUUCCCGCUCUUCCACAGUUUCAGUAUUGCUCCAGGCUUCAAUCGUGGUACAGGAGAACAAAGAUGUCACGUCUUCGGAGCACAUGUACCUUCAUCGCGCUAUGCUGCAGUCAUGGAAAUUAUUGCUUCAUCGAGCGUUGCCAGUGCUUGCUAGAAAUGUAUCUUCUGACAAUGUACAAGACGAUCUGAGCCAGGCCGUCGCGGCAUCGUGGGCAACCUUCCGCCCUACGAGUCGCUGGAGCGUACUUGAAAAGCCUCGGAAUCACUGGGUAUACGUCAAAUGCGGUGUACAAGCUGUCCAUCUCAACCUCCUUACAGCUGAGCUACUUGUGAAUGGUCGACCACUGUCUCGGCUCCCGGCGCAAUACACACAACAUCACCAGUAUGCUUCACUUUUCGAUAAGCUGCCGAUCGAGGUGACGUCUACCGAUGAGCCAGGCAUGGAAUUCUCUGCAAUGCACCCUUUUCACCCCGAUUGGUGUUACAAUCUCCACUUCGGAAUGGAAGGCUCAGAUAUGCUUGUCCUAGCUGCUCGAGAUGGAACGAAGUUUGAUGUUGUACCCUCCCGUGUAUUCAAGGGCCAACUUCCUGCGAUGUUUGUUGAUGACUACUUCCACUGGUAUGACCAUAAUACUGAAGAAGUCGAGUUUCGCCCCUUGGAUGAUCCCUGGGCUUCUACGAGUGGGCUGUGGCGUUUGAAGAGAUAUGGAGCUAAUUGGCGCCUCGAGAGCGGAGAUAGGUGUCUGAUUGGCCCAUCAAGCAGCACUGGCAGGACAAUAUCGAACAUCUUGUCGCCUUUGGAGCUUCAAUCGUACACCCAUAUCAUCUUUGAAAGCUCUUCUGUCAUCUGUGUAGAGCUUCCCCGACGACGACUAGGCUUCCGUUAUGUGCCCGGAGAUUCGAGGAUUUACUCCCAUCAGUACAAGGGGAUGGUCAUCGAUACAGAUCAGCGCAUUGGAACCUUGUCUGGACUGGCCACUAUACUCAUUCUCAAAUACGAGCAGGGGGUCGAAAAUCGCUUGGCUCUCAUACCAGAAGGUGAUGUGACAUAUUCGACCACGAAAAUGGGCCAUGUCUCCGUUUCGGUCAACUUAGACACGGCCCGGACGACCCACGCGUAUCAGGUAGACGAGAUACUAGGCCGGAUGAUAGACAACGGAAGUCUGCAGAGCAAGCUCUUCCUAUGCUAUCUCCAUGCGCUUACUUCUCAUUGCCUCCCAGACACGCUGACCGGCCAUACCGGGACUGAAGCUGCAUUGUCGAUCUUACGGUCAGGGGCAGCAGCGUCCUUUGAUGUGCUUACCGCGGCCAACAUUGCCCUUCUCAAGGCUAUUGCUCAAUUGACGCCAGCACGGAAGUUCUACCCUCAUGAUAAAGAGGUCAUGCAAGAGGUCCAUUGGGACCAAAACCUGCCGUCCAUGUCCCAGCACCCCGACUUCCUUACGGCGGUACACGAACUGUUCUCCAUAUCGAGCAAGACGAAGCUACUACAUCCCAAUGAUACCUAUGUUGACUCUCCAAAGCUGGAUUUUGUGAAUCUCCAUCUACUCAAGAGAGAUAUGAUAAGAACAUCAAAGUUUCGCGUCGAUGGCUUUGGCGCAGAACAUUACACCCAUGACUUCGAUCAACGCUACAAAGUCAGAGCUAAGGUUGUCGACUCGCAACGGGGACCGCGUAGUUCUAUUGCUGCUGGACUGAUUUUUUGCAACCAGGCUACUCUGCACUCUUCCGUUUCCGCACAUAGCCUCCAAAACUCCCUUCGAACGGUCCAUCUGCAUAAUGCCACAGUCCAAGGUCUCAAUACACGAUUGGAUCCGCGCACACUGCGUUAUGAUGCUUCGUGGCUCGAGAAGCCAUCUUCCUUCCUCCCUGACAUGUGGUGCAACCUGCACUUAAUGCUUUCAACAACGCCCGAUCGUCUCAACAAAUUCGAUCUUAUGAUAUGGCUGUCAACCGCCGCAUUUGCGGAAUCUGCAGAUAUGGACGUCAUUCAAGCCUUGGCCGCAUUCUACAAUUGUCGUGACCUAGCAUCAAUCGAGAUUCCUUCGGCCCCUAGCUUUAAUUUGGCAAAAGGGGAUUAUCCUACUUUAUCCGCGGUUCAGGACCUCGUGCGGAUUUAUCAACCUUACGAAGCUUGCCCUGAGUCUGAUCUACCACGGCUGCCCGGGGAGCCGAAUGGGCAACGGAACAAGAGAAGGAGAAAAGCUUUUGAGACGAAUCGGGGCAAGGCCGCUAGGACCUUCGCAAGCGCACUUUAUGGCCAGUGGCCCUGUGAGGUACCGACAACACCACGCACGGAGUUUGCGGAGACGUACCUGGAUACCGGGAAGGCUAUGCCUCGGGUUCGUCGUAUGUUCAAAAGCUGGUACGAUAAUCGUUGCUUUUAUCAGUAUCUUCAGAACGUCUCGGAUACACUAGCACGACAGAUCGUCGACUGCGUGGGGACCAAAGACAUUCACGUCGUCGACGUUCAGGAACAUUCUGGAGAAAUCAAUGAGUUCUCUUUCUACGGCAUUAAAGACGUUUUCAAAUUAGAAGCUACCGACUCGUGCUUGCCGAUGUCGCCGCCACCGCUCCAGAUACCCACAGAGGAGCAAACCAUGGACGAAGGUAGCCAUCAAGCCAGAACGCGGCUCAUGUCGCUAUUCCAAAAGCUCAGAGUUAAUGCAAAGUCUUCCCGCGAGAAGGAAUACAUCUCAGAGCUAGAUAGAAGUUGCAAAUCACUUGCACUUCAGGAAACAAGGUUCCAAAUCAGUGCGGAUAUAUCGAAACGCGACCUCCUCGUGCUCCUAGAGAGAUACCUAGAGGAUCGCCGGCGAUUAUUCGAUGAUAUGACCUCCCUCCUACAAAGAUUCGUUCAAUCAGGCGACGAGUUUGCGGCUAAAAUAUGCCAGUCGCCUCGCAUCUGCCCAAUUUUCUGGCUUCGUCAAUUAAACAGAGAUUGCUUCGAUAUGCUGACUGAGAACUGGAAACAAGUAGUCAUUAGAUACGGUCUUGCCGUGACGGAGCUUCAUCGCGCCCGGAGACUUCUGGCACUCUCUUCUCAUCCACAAGAGUUUGCAGAAGAGUUGCGCAAUCGCGGGCAUCAAAAUUGGGACCCAAUGGAGUUUCCUGAAACCUUGCUGCUAGAAGCUGAGAGUGGUCUAUUGGUCCGCGAGGUGCAGGAAGAAAUCGCGAAACAAAUGAGAUGUCCACCAAACUAUGCAAACUCCGUUAUGCAGCUCAAUAUGGGAGAGGGAAAAUCCUCCGUCAUCGUUCAGAUCAUUGCGGCAUUCCUGGCUCAGGGCGACUUAGUCAUUGUUGCAAAGUCGCAGUCACGACAGAUGUUUCAAAUGCUGGUCUCGAAGCUAGGGGGACUGCUCAACAGGCGAAUCUAUCAUAUGCCAUUUUCCAGGGCCCUGAAACUCAGCUCCUCGGAAGCUGAUGCUAUUGGUGAGAUUUACCAAGAAUGCAGGGCUAAUCGCGGCAUUCUGCUCGUCCAAACUGAGCAUAUCUUGUCCUUCAAGCUUAUGGGCAUCGAAUGCCUUCUCAAUGGACAGGCUGACGUAGGAAAGUCACUGCUGCGAACUCAGCGUUUCUUUGACACAUAUUCCCGAGACAUUGUCGAUGAGAGUGAUGAGAAUUUCAGUGUCAAAUUUGAGCUGGUUUACACAAUGGAUGUUUCCCUCUUCGAUCGAGUUCGACAACCGGGUGUCAGGAUAUCCGCGUACGCGUAUCUCCGUGGCGAUGCAGAAGAGAAGCUACUAGACCUGAUCUCCGAACACAUAUGUGAGGUCGGCAUCUCGGGUCUUCUUUCCAUAGCGCGGCAGCCUCCCGAGAUAAGGCAGACCAUCCUACGCUACAUCCGCCAAUCCACUCUCGCUCAAGCGGAUGUUGACGAAGUUGAAACGGGGCCUUUCUUCACAGAAGGUAACAAAGUGCCACUACUCCUCCUGCGAGGUCUCAUUGCGGGCGGGGUACUUAGCUUUACUCUCAAGUCCAAGCGAUGGAGGGUAAAUUAUGGCCUCGACCCCAGCCGUAAACCGAAAACACAGUUAGCUGUGCCAUAUCGCUCCAAAGACAGUCCCUCUCCCCGGUCCGAAUUCAGUCACCCGGAUGUGGUAAUUACUCUCACAUCACUCACCUAUUACUAUGGCGGUCUGAAUGAUCAGGAUCUCUUUGACACAUUUGCACACCUGGAGAAGUCCGAUCAAUCAGACGUUGAAUAUGAAAUCUGGGUCCGCUCAGCAGGAGCUCUUCCUGAGGCCUUCCAGCAUCUCACUGGAAUCAAUAUCAAAGACCGCCAUCAGUGCACGACUGAGAUCUUCCCAUUGCUUCGAUAUUCGAAAGGUGCUAUCGACUACUUUCUCUCUCAUAUCGUUUUCCCUAAAGCGAUGAAGGAAUUCCCAUCCAAGCUCUCGGCCUCCGGCUGGGACCUUGGUGCCAUCAAAUCCCAUCCCACGACUGGUUUCAGUGGCACGAACGACUCACGUCAGGUACUUCCGCUCAGCGUCCGUUAUCUUGACUCGGAAAAGCAGAACCACACCAAUGCGCUGGUGUUGGCUUAUCUUUUGCAAGACGAGAACUCCGUCAAACUACUACCGCCGCAGACAGAUGCAGAACGUCUGUUGAAGAUAGUCGACACGAUGGAACUGCCCAAUCGGGUUAUCCUUGAUGCUGGUGCACAAAUAUUGGAGCUCAGUAACCUCCAGGUGGCAGAAACGUGGCUUCGCAUAAGCAAUACAACCGUCACCAAGGCAAAAGCAGUAAUAUUUUUCAACGAUAACGAAGAACUCUCGGUACUUGAUCACAACAACUGCGUCGAGUUGCUGCAAACAUCGCCAUUUUCGAAGCAUCUGGAUGAAUGCCUUGUGUAUCUCGACCAGGCCCACACCCGGGGAACGGAUUUGAAGUUGCCUACGGAUUACCGAGCUGCUGUAACUUUAGGCGCAAAUUUGACCAAAGACACGCUAGUGCAAGCAUGCAUGCGAAUGCGAAAGCUAGGAAAGGGCCAGUCGGUCGUCUUUUGCAUCCCGGAAGAAAUCCAGACGAAGAUUUUGGAGUGCACCUCAAAGUCGUACAGUACAGAGAUAGAAGUCUCCGAUCUUCUAGCUUGGGCCAUCACAGAGACGUGGGCAGACAUGCGUCGGAAUAUGUCUUUGUGGGCUACUCAGGGUCGCCGCUACGAGGUCCACAAGGAUUACCUGAAUGGAGAGGAAACGACUAUAGAGCAGGCGAAGAAGUUUCUUGAGCCGGAAGCUCAAAGCCUUGAAGAUCGCUAUCGACCUCGUCUGCGCAGUCGAUUUGAUGAGAUGAAGGACUGGGACACCACCAACAGUGCCAUCCAGGAGAUCCUGAAGCGGUAUCGCGCCUUUGAGGCAGUAUCUCUAGAUGCAGCCACGCUUCAAGAAGAGCAAGAGAGAGAGCUCUCUCCAGAGAUCGAGGAAGAGCGACAGGUUCAGAGACCUGCACCGAUGGAAGCUGAGAAGCACAAACUAUAUCCCGACCUUGUCAAGCUGGUGAACACGGGCAUACUCUCGGCAAAAUCACCCGCAUUCAUACCCGCGUUUCAGGCUCUGAAGUCGACGAGUGCUGCAACGCAUUUCGACCUUGCACAAUUCCCAAAUGGCCUCCUCGUGACAGCGGACUUCAUGCGCACCGUCAAACGCCCAAGGGGGGUCAUGUCAGAUUCCUAUGUCUCGGACUCAUAUCUCAGACCUGUGCAAUGGAUUCUCUCAGUUGUGACGGAAGAUGAGCCCUCCGCUAAUCCAUGUCUGAUCAUCCUCAGCCCCUUCGAAGCUGAACAACUCGUUUCGAGAAUAAAAAAGUCGGACCUGGUGACGCUGCAUCUUUACUCGCCGCGUCACACUCAGAGCUAUAACCCCCUCGACACACUUGACCUGUAUUGCGUCGGCCGUCAGUUCUCAGCAAACACCCCAAGCCUCCUCCGAAGUCAGAUCGCCCAGCUCAAUCUCUUCGCUGGCCAACUUUACUUCAAAUCUCACACAGAGUACGUUGAGUUAUGUAGAUACUUGGGUCUAGCGUGGGAAGCCCCCAAGGAGGGAGAAGAACUGCAGGUCGAUGGGUUCAUCGUACCACUUGCUGGUGUUUGGGGCUUAAACAAGAGUCCGGUAAGGUUCUUGAGGGAUUACGUGAAGACGAGACGAGAAGGUGAGGGUCUGGAGAAGACGCACUUGGGUAAAGUGCUUGAGGGUGGUUUGUUGGAGAAGCGCGAAAUUGAUAGUGAGUAG